AAUUCACAGCUCAUAGAAAAUGGGCUCACGGCAGGGACCACCGAAGCAUCAGAACAAAUUCGCCUGGGUUCCUAAAGCCGGCGUCAAGAUCAACGAAACGGAAGUCGGCGGGAGAUUUAGACCAUUAUCAGAGAUUACCGGAGUUUGUUAUCGAUGUCGAGAGCAGAUCGCUUGGAAACGCAAAUACGGCAAAUACAAAACCCUAACUGAAGCCACCAAAUGUCAGAAGUGUACUAAGCGAAAUGUUCGUCAAGCAUACCAUAAGUUAUGCCCUGGUUGUGCCAAGGAGCAAAAGGUGUGUGCAAAGUGUUGUUCCCGUGUUGAUCAAAUCAUUGGAAGAGAUAUUUACGAGGUUGAAGCUGAGCAGAAGAUGCUUGAUGAGACUAUCAAGAAUGCUAGGGAAAGGGAUCGAAGGACGCUAUUACGCGCUAUGAACAAAGAUAACAAACCGAACAAAUCAGAUGAAGAAGCGACAAGGAGUGAUAGCAGCAAGGUUGGUGAUGUGUUUCCCUCAACUUCCCUUGAAGAAUAUGCAAACAAGUCGGGAAGAGUUAGCCGGAUUAUUGGUCAUGGUAGUGUACCUGAUCAUGGCCAUGAUGAUGGUGAUGAUGAUGAUGAUGCUAGUGGACCUGAAUCAGAUGAGGAUCACAAUGGUGAUGAUGAGCAUGGUUUGGGCGAAGACAGUGAUGCAAAUGAGCCAUCUCAACUGCAGAAGAAAAUGGGUUUCUUGUGUUCUUCUUCUUCAAUCUUCUUCAAGUUCGGAAUCUCUAUAAUCUUUCUAGUUUCUUUCUCUGGUUAUAUUCCUUCAGAAGCAUAUGAUCCUUUGGACCCGACUGGGAACAUUACUAUCAAAUGGGAUAUCAUAACCUGGACUGGAGAUGGCUAUGUGGCGACUGUAACGAUGUAUAAUUUCCAGCAGUAUCGACACAUUCAAGCUCCAGGUUGGACUCUUGGAUGGUCAUGGGCAAAGAGAGAGGUUAUAUGGGGAAUGAAUGGAGGACAAACAACUGAACAAGGAGAUUGUUCGAAAUUCAAAGGAAACAUUCCUCAUUGCUGUAAAAAGACACCUUCUGUUGUUGAUCUCUUACCCGGAACUCCUUACAAUCAGCAGAUUGCUAAUUGUUGCAGAGGAGGAGUGCUCAACUCGUGGGCUCAAGAUCCCGCAACCGCUGUUUCCGCUUUUCAGCUUACUGUUGGACAAGCUGGAACCACAAAUAAGACAGUUAGGGUACCUAAGAAUUUCACUCUCAAAGCUCCUGGACCUGGCUAUACUUGUAGCCCCGGGAAGAUUGUAAAGCCGACUAGAUUCAUUGGUACUGACAAACGAAGAGUUACACAAGCAUUAAUGACUUGGAAUGUAACUUGCACAUACUCGCAGUUCUUAGCUCAGAAAACUCCUACUUGCUGUGUAUCGCUUUCAUCGUUUUAUAACAGCACAAUCGUUUCUUGUCCAACAUGCUCUUGUGGAUGCCAAAACACUUCUCAGCCAGGGAAUUGUGUAGACCCAAAAGGUCCACGGAUAGCAUCGGUCAUUCCAAAUCCAGGGAAGAACGCAUAUAUACCACCCCUGGUCCAAUGUACAAAGCAUAUGUGUCCAGUUAGAAUCCACUGGCAUGUGAAGGUCAACUACAAACAGUACUGGAGAGUUAAAGUCACCAUCACAAAUUUCAACUACAACAUGAACUAUUCACAGUGGAAUCUCGUCGUGCAGCAUCCGAAUUUUGACAAUCUCACUCAGACUUUUAGCUUCAACUAUAAACCCUUGACUCCAUAUGCUUCCAUAAAUGAUACUGGGAUUCUCUGGGGAAUAAAGUUCUACAAUGAUCUGUUGAUGCAAGCUGGACCAUUUGGUAAUGUACAAUCUGAGCUACUUUUCCAGAAAGAAGCAUCAGCUUUCACAUUUGAGAAAGGUUGGGCAUUUCCAAGAAGAAUUUAUUUCAAUGGAGAUAACUGUGUGAUGCCUCCUCCUGAUUCUUAUCCUUGGUUACCCAAUACCGGCUCGCAUAAAUCAAUCGGUUCUAUGUUUGUAGCAAUCGCCUUGUUACUGACUCUCUUCCUACAUGGAAACUUGUAAGAAUCAUCAAGUGUAGAAUGUAGCUUAUGAUGCAGUUUUUUGAACUGAUAAUGAGAGAAUUGGUAGCUUAGUUUAGUGUUCUGUUCCCUCAUCUGUCCUCUUCCUGUAUAACGCUUUAAUUGAAGUUUGGUAACUAGAUCCCCUUGAUAAUGGCUACUACUUCUUUGCUCUUCGUCUCCAUAUUGAGAAUUGA